AUGUUCAUCCCGCCAGAGCGCCUCGCCAAACGAGCGACUGCCGAGUCCGUCGUCGGCAUCGUCGUGCUGCUCUGUAUCAUCUUGGGAAUCGUUGCCUUUGCCUUUGUGAGCCAGAAAACACUCCGUAAGUUCUUGUCACGAAAGAAGGCACGGCCUUUUUCUCGAGAACCCCGCCCGCCACAGCCCGUGGCCACCUACAACCCCCGGCCCGUCCAGACGACUCAGAAUACGGAGCUCCACACUGUCCAUACACCUCCUCCCAAGUACGAGCCUCCUCCACCGCCGUACCAGGCGCAUUUGCGAGAGGAGCACUGA